AACACACUGGGAAGACUAGAACAGAAGGGUUAAGUGGAGAGCAGAAGGAAGAUGGGGGAUAAGGGAAAGAAUACCCGGAGGGAUAACUUACACUAAGGGCCACAAGAAGGGUUAUAUAUAAACCUACCACUGUGGAAGUGUCUUAAAAUAUAUACAUAUCUGAAAUAAAUCUAAAUCGACUUGGAAAAUAACAAGGAAGAUGAUGUCCCAGCUGAACAUCUUUUGCCACCAAGUGAAACAUCCAGUGCCAGAAAUGGGUUACAUCUAACUGAGUUGUUGACCAAAGGAACCCAUAGAAACCCCUAAACAACUUAAGAUGUUGCUCAGGCUACUGACUGCUUUGCACAAAUUAAUGAUACAGCUCUUUAUUUUACUAAAAAAAAAUACACACACACACACACAUAUAUAUAUAUAUACUACAGCUUUCACCCCUUCUGACUAGUGUUCAUGGUACUGGAAGGUACUCUACAUGCUACCAGGGGAGACAGGUAAACAUCAACCCAGCUACAAACCCUGCAAUCUAUAAUGGUGUCCUGCCUCCAUAAAACAAUGCAGCAAUGGAGUAUCCAACCACCAUCUGCUUGGAUUUAAGGCCCACUCCAUGAAACGAAACCAAUGCCUGACACUGCAAAUGUUGACAAGAACCUGAGACUAGAUAGACUGUAGAUUUAAGGGAAAACCAAAUACUAUUGUUUUCCUAAAGGAGCAUAACAAUAAAACGACUCCUAAUGACAUAGUGCUAUGCCCAUAGAUCAGUGUCUCACUCAGCCAUCAUCCCUUGCAGUAGAUGGGCGCAAAUUCAGAUACCCACAGCUGGACAGCACACAGAGAAUGAGCGACUUUGGAGCACUCGUUCCUAAAUGGAAUGUAUUCAUCAAACCUCUCCCCUCAGGGUUCAGGGAGCUAUGCGGAAGAGGAGCAGAAAGAUUGUAAGUGCCAGAGGGAAUGGAUGACAUCACGGAAACUGUGUCUUCCAGACACAAGAGGACUGACGCACAUAUGAACUCAUGGAGACUGUGGCAGUGUGCACAGGGCCUGCACAGCCUCAAGACAGAUGGGAUCCCAGAAUGAGAGGGGGAGGUGGAUGCAAUCUCCCAUCCCUAAUCAAGAAGCUGUCUCCAAUUGACAACUACUCGCAAAGGAAAAAGUCACUUUCCUAAAAUAGUUUCACUGGGUAUUUAAGCCACACUUAAGGGCAGACCCCAUGCCCAGAAGUGGAUGGCCAACACAAAACAAACUCAACAAUAUUUUUAUAGAUUUUUUUGUUUCAUAUUGCUUUGAGCACCUUUUUAUACUACAGGUCUUUUACUUUUGUACUAUGGUUUCUGAUUUUGUGUAGUUAUGGGUUUUGUCUGUGUGUGUAUUUCUUAUGCUUCCUCUUUUUUUUUAUUCUGUUUUUGUUUUUGCCUGUUUGUUUUCUAAAAGGAGAGAAAGGCAUGGAGUUGGAUAGGUGGGGAGGCAGAAAGGAUCUGGGAGGACAUGAGGUAGGGGAAAUUGUGAUCAGAAUACAUUGUUGAAUUUUCAAUUAAAAUAAAAAUAUCAUAAUGAAACCUACAAGUAGGAUAAAAACAGAUUCCAUCAUUUCCCAGUAGCUCUGCUCUGGAGACCAAGCCUCAACACAUGACCCCUGGGAACAUACCAGAGCCAAACUGUAUCAGCCAUUGUCUUCUGAACCCAUACAUCUGCCUAACAUGGCGCCCAGCACAUGCCGUUGGAUAUGUCAAAGCCCAGUGUAAAUGUCCCCACCUCACAGAAGCCACCCUAGAUUUAUUAUCUCCAUUACCAUGUUCUUGAGUCUGUGUCCCCCUAGCACUCUGAACCAACCUAUGUUGGGAUAUAUCAGGCAAAGGGGAAUCUAGUUUUGUGGCCAAGGAAAGCCAGGCCUAGCCUCACACACCUCUCCGUCACAUUCUAGCUGUGUGGCCUUGGACAGACGCCACAGCCUCUUUGGCCCUCCACAUCCUGUGUUGUAAAAUAGGAAUGAUGACCCCUUUCCUCUCAAGGUGAGUGGAAUGCUGUGCUGGUUGUCUCUGAGAAUCCACAGACACAAGUCCGAGUCAUCGUUAUUACCUUACUGUGAGGAUACCGUGUGGAUACUCUUCUGACAGUUCUGUCUCACCAGGAGAAAAGUCAAGAGAGAAUAAAUGAAUCCAUUGCCACUUAUUCAUUUCAAAAUGAGGAAGGGGGGAUUUGAAACAAGCAGAGGAGCUCAGCCUAAGCCUGACCACCCAGAGAUGGUACCUUCAUGAAAGACACCCCCAAUUUAGCUCUUCCUGUCUAAGUCCACACACACAUAAUUUUAACCAAGGUUCUGUUUGAAAUCCUGCUCCAUCCUCUUAAACUGCUUUGGUUGUUACUCUCAGCUUUUUUCUGUUUUAUUUUUUGAGAUGGGGUCUCAUGUAGACCAGGCUAGUCCCAAAAUUGCUAUGCAGCCAAGGAUAACCUUGAACUCCUGAUUCCACCUGCUUCUACCUUCCAAGUGUUAAAAUUACAGGUAUGGAUCACCACACCUGGCUUAAAAUUUUUGGUGUGUUAAGAAUGAUUCCAGCCAGGCAUGAUGGCACAUACCUGUGAUCCCAGUAGUGGGGGAGGAACAGUGGGGUGAUUUCUUUAAGUUCUGUGCCAGCCUAGGCUAUAUAGACAGACUGUGUCUAAUAAUAAUAAUCAUAAUAAUUAAUCCCUGCCUAUUUUAGACAUACCACACACUGAAGCAACCAGGAUGAGUGUAUACAGCUGUGGCUGAUCUCAAGCAAUUCCUCCACAGUCAGUUCUGUGCCUAUGUAAAUCAGAGAACACCUGAGCAUAAAAAUGAGCACAUUAAGAGUUUGUCUUUAAAAAUGUGUGUGUGUGUGUGUGUGUGUGUGUGUGUGUGUGUGUGUGUGUGUGAGUGUGUUCCUUCUAGCUCAGAUAGGCUUAUAUCUGGGGUGGGGCACCAGGAAACUGAAUGAGGGUCUCUCAUGACCCUUCCCCCAUGGUGCUUGGCCAUAGCUCCCACUAGUCACUCAGUGGCAGAGUUUUGUCCCUGAAGGUCACACCCAAGUGGGGAACAGGUAUUUUCCAGGGUCUCCAUUCUCCUGUGUGUAUCCCAGGUCUGUGUCACCAACAGCAGCUCAGUGACUUUCAGGCCCACCCCAUCCUUCCUCCCCAUCUCUGAGCUGCCUAGCCUAGAGCAGCCCACCUCUGUUACCAUGGGAACAGAGUGGAUGCUGGGAAUUCUCCCCUUGGGUGAAUUCUCCCACUUUCUUGGGCCUUUAACACUCAUAAAAACAAAUCAGAAAUUGCCAGGUUUGGAGUUAUAGGCCAAACUCAGGGGCCAUUCCAAUUCCUAAUGGCAAAUUAAUGAGAUCCUGCCUCAAAUAAUUUAAAAAGUAUUAAAGGGCUGCUGGGGGGAGCUAAAAGACAACUCAGAGUAAAGUGUUUGCUGCAGAAGUGGAAGGAACAAGUUUAGACCCUCAGAACCCAUGGAAAAGAAGAGUGGGCAUUGUAGCCUCCUGUGACCCCAUCCACAGAAUACCCAGAGCAAGCUGGCUAGGCUGACUAGAAACACCAUGAGCUCUGAGUUCAGCAAGAGACCCUGCCUCACCUCAGGAGGUGAGAAGAGAUGGGCAAAGACACCUAGCAUUAACCUCUGGCCUCUACACGCAUGGGCACAUAUGUAGACAAAUACCCACACACAUGUAAACACACACACAAGAGGGGAUACAAAGAAGUGAUAGGAAGCCUACCUAGCAUGCAGGAGGCCCUAGGUUCAAUCCCUGGUACCAUUUUAUUAAAAAAAAAAAAAAAAGAGGUCAAAAUGAUGCGUACACACAGACUCCUGGCAAGAACAUCAGCCUGCACUGAAUAGGAGAUGCCCACAUGGCUUUGUGAUGCUCCCUCCCCUUUCUCCAUCCUUCUCCAUCACCAGCCACGGUUAUUCCCUUCCUGCCGGCCUGGCUCAACUCUUUUGAGACCUUAGGCUAUAGGAUGAAGGAUCUUAGGAUCCCAAGAGGGGAACGUGAGCUACCGCUAUCUACGCUAAGCUGGGUCAUGUAGCGUGAAUGUUCGUCCCCAAAGGUCUCUGCUUUGUGAACUCCUUCCCAGGGCAGUGGUGUGGUGAGGUGCGGCUGGUGUGAAAUGCUGUUCUCUAAGGAUAACAACCACUACCAUCCUCAUCAGAGCAACUUGUGACCACUUGCCACCCUCAAAAUCAGGCCUGUUGUCAUUCCCCUCACAGAAGGAGGGGGUGGUGAGACCCUAGUCUCGGGAGGUAUUAGGGUCCAUCGAUGUGGAAGGCUCUCUGAAGGGUGUUCCAUCUAUGCACUUACAGAGAAGUGGUCAGUUAGGCUGUGGGGAGACUUCACAGUGAUACAGCUGUGGGGGGGGGUCACCUGAACCCCUGUAAGUGACCCUCUUACCUGUGCUCUGUAACUAAACCCAAUGAACUCGUUGGGUUGCCAAGCUGGACUUGAAUGGAGCCAUUGCUUUAGUCUGUCACUGAUGCCCUUGUCGGGGGUGACACAAGUUUGUUCAUGUGUCAGCAGAGACAAGAGCCUUUAGAAGUGAUUUAGGUCAUGAGGGCUCUACCCCAGCAGGGGUAUUUAGUUUAUUAUAGGAGGGACUUCCUAAUGGAAAGAUCAGUUUGCCCCAUGCUCUCCCUUCCCCGCUCCCUCUCCCCAUCCCCUGCCUCUCUCCCUUUCCAAGUGAUAUUCUCCAACACAUUAUGACACAGCACAAACCCUCACCUGGUUCACCCCCUAGAUCUUGCACCUUCCAGCUUUCAGAACCUUCUGUUACUCAUAAGCAAUCCAGCUUUGGGUAUUCCAUCAUAGCAACUGAAACCAAAUUACAACAGAGAGCAUUAACAUGCCAUGGGUUCAGGUUCCAUGUCUGUCUUGGCCCUGCCUGAGCUGAAGCAGCUCUCCACCAAAAGCCACACAGCCAAGUAGUGGCUGUCUAGUUCAGCAUCCCACCUCCACCAGCACAGUGUGGAAGUCCCUGCCAGGAUGCACCAGCUGCCAGGGCAGCAAGGGUGAACCUGAUGCCUUUGACUCCAGCAGGAUAAUGGGGAAGCCAGGAGAGGCUGUGUUCUCCUUUCCCAUAGCUAUGGUGGGUGGACACGCAGCUGGCAGGCAGCCAGACAGCCGGAGUCUGGGCAUAAAAGAUGGAGGCUUAAGAAUCUCUGGUCUGGAAUUCUGCCCUUUCCCCAUGUUAUCACCUGACAUGAGGCAAUCAGACAUCUCCCCAUGAAGGUAGGACUUGAACAAGUCAUCUGUCUCCAGGAGAUGCCUUCCCCACAGGGGCUCUUGAUUCGUGGCCGUCCCCUCCCCUUCUACCUAAUGUCUAAUGUCAGACAGGCAUCCUUGGAUGCCUUACUCCUUAGGUCACAACCACACUGAAGCACCUUCUGUGUAUCCUAUGUACUCCAUGAUAACAGCAAAACGUCUCAUCCUUCAAGACCCUCACUAAUUUCAGAUGCCCCCCAAAAUCUAGCCAAACAAAGCCUGGCCCAGCUGUCUGUCCUCCUCAGCUUCCCCCAUGUCUCUUUGACUCUCAUCCUCAGCAAAAGUCAACCUCAGCUAUCACAGGACUUAGUCCUGACCCUAGACUGUGACCCUCUUGGGGGUGUGUAACAAGUCUUUCUGCCAACGCCCCCCCCAACCCUGUCAUGGCCUGGCAUAAGGUGGAUUUAUCCCUCCAUUCUCAAUGGCCUGAGUUCUGAAGGCACCAAGGAAGCAACUUCUCUACUUACAAUGAAGGCCUAGCAACUAUCUAGCACUUUCCUCCAAACGGUUCGUGAAUUCAAGUUUGCUGAGCAUAGAAGGCAGAGCUCUACAGUGUGUGGCAUGUAAUUCACUCAGCUUCCUGGGAGCAGUGUUCCUCAGACACACAGCCCCACCUCUGACCUCCCAAUGCAAGGAGAGACCUUAGUCUACCUGAGAGUGUUUGGAGGGACCCUUCCAGAUGAAGCACUCACACCCUCUUCACUGAAUUUUAUUUCUUAUCUGUUAGGAGUCAUGGCAGCCACAUAAAUAACUUUGGACAAAAUGACAAAGAGCAUACAGGCAGGUAGCAUCGUGGUCUCUAUGUAGCCCUGAAUGAUAAUGAAACUCACUCUUGUAGACCAGCUUGGCUUAAGAGAGCUGCCUGCCUGUGCCUCCCGAGUUUGGGGUUAAAGGUAUUUGCCAUCUCCUUGGGCUGUCUUCACUUCUUAAACUUAAGAACACUUCAAGCUAAAGUUGGCUGCAAACGGGCAGGAGGAAGCUCUGUGGAAUGAGGAGAACUUCGAAGAUGGGACUGUGGCGACAGUUGUGCAAUUCAGUGUGUUUUCUAUAGACCGUAUACUUACAAUGGGGGAAUUUUAUGGUCUGUAAAUAAUACUUCAAUAAGGCUAUAAAGAACAAAAAGAAUGUUCUAUGAAACACUAGUAUUCAGACCCAGGACUCCAAGGAACCUUGAAAAUCCAGUGGCUGCAUGAUGGUGGAUGGCCUUACUCUGGGCCCUUCCAGGGUGCUGAGAACAUAGACCAUAAGGACUCCACUUUGGCUUCCUUCCCUCCCAUGCCACCUACCCAGUGUCCUCCAGCCCCAGGAGUGUGGUGGAGGCUCUCAAGUCCUUGUCUGAAGAGUGAAUGACCAAAGGAAGAGCUCCCAUGCACUGUCCUUGAAAGGACUUUUUUUUUUUUUUUUUUUUUUUUUUUUUUGUGUGUGUGUGUGUGUGUGUGUGUGUGUGUGUAUACAUACACACACACAUGAGCAUGGGCACGUGUGACAGAGACCAUAAGAGAGUUCAGAUCCCCUGGAGCUGGAGUUACAAGUUAUUAUAAUCUGCCAGAUGUGGAUUCUGGGAACCAAGCUCAGGUCCUCCACAAGAACAGCCAGUGCUCUUAACCCCUGGGCCAGCUCUCCAAUCUCCCUGUGAAUUUUUACAGGAUUGUGCUAGACCUGGGACAGUCUGGAGGCAGGUGGCUGUGUCAACGACUAAUCCUCACUCCUUCCGGCACUGAACUAGUGGUCCCCAGCAGACAGGGGAUCAAACUCAUAGCAAACACUCUGCCUCUGAGUUAUAUCCCCAGCCCUGGCUUUGGGGAGCUGCCACAGGACGACAAGGCCCUAACCACUUGGAAGUCUUGCACUAUCCCCUUGAGAUGUGGAUUCUGAAAGGGCCUCUGAUGGGCUUCAAAUGGUCCAGAGACCCUUCCUUGCCCAAAAAUCGUCAGGUGCCUGUCCUAACAGUCCUGUGAGGACCUUACCUAAUGACAGGCUGAAGAGUGGACCUCAGAGCCAAACAUGGGUUCUGAUUUUGCAAGAAAAGGAGAAAAAUGCUGGGCAGAUCAAAAUAACUUGUGUCCUCUACCCACUGGAAAGUUCCACAGUGACAAAAGAUGAGUGUCUGUCAAGAUCAGGGGUUUCACAAAGCCAGGUAAGCUGGGGCCCUGAGCAUGGGACAAACCUGGGGUCCCAGUAGGUGCAGGAGGCAGAUGGAAUUAUAGACAGGCUAGGAAGCCAAGGAGAGCUAGAUGAAUACAUGUCUUCUUUCUCUCUUUAAACCUCUUGGCUAAGUCACUGACUUGAUACCAACAGUCGUAUCUGCACCAGAGCCAUUUCCUCUGUCCUAAAACCUUUAGGAGCCCUGUGCCUUUGAUGAAAUGGUCUCCAAGGGGACAAUCUGAGACAGGCACACUGACAGUACUUACCUGUAAGCCCCAGCUCCAAUUUAUGUUAAGAGUAAAUAGGAACAGGGCGGUGGUGGUACACAACCUUUGAUCCCAGCACUCCGAGACAGAGGCAGGCAGAUCUCUGAGUUCCAGGACAGCCUGGGCUACACAGAAAAACCCUGUCUCAAGGGGAAAAAAGAGUAAAUAGGAAUGGAUGCGGUUCACAAAUGUCUCCCUUGCUCAUGCUACAUACCUGUUUUCUGAUCAGUCAAGGGUCCACAAGGAGAAAAUUGUUGACCCAUUUGGUGGCUGAAACAACUGAGCUGAAGUGACUUACCCACUGACGAGUGGCGGAAUUAAAACUUGAGCCCACGUCUUGCUGGCUCCAAAGACCCUGCUCUAUAGUCUCUACAAGUAUUCUCAGACAGCCAUGUCACCUCUCCAGAUUUCCUCGGUUACAAAUGACAAGGGACUGAGAGGGACAGCCCUCUAGGUAGAUUGAGCAGGAACACUCCAGGUGGGGGCAGCCAUCAUGACCCUGAGGGCCAUGAUGUGGUCAUCACAUCUGGAGAUGACUGACUGAAGAGCCUCUUCGGCCAGAGAACCAGCCCUCUGUGGGCUGGAGAUGAGGCAGAGCCUGAGUCACUAGCCUCUCUCUGCCACCUGAAGGAUGGGGACAACCCCUGCCUGGCCUCCCCAGACCCUGCUCUCCGCCCUUAGGAGUGUCUGUCCACCGGACCCAGCACACUCAGAGUCAAUCUGAAGUACGUGCUCAACCACACAGACUCCACAAACAAUGCAGGGAAAUAAAAUUCUUACAGGAAACGGCAUCAUAUUGACUCACGACAGACCCAUCCAUAAAACAACUGGGGUACCUGGGCCAGCUCAGGGUGCAGGCCCUGGCCUCUCUACUGAGCCAGGAGGAAAUAGGUGCUGCUGGGGGGAAGGGUAGCUUCCCUUGGCUGUCUGGAGUCUGGCUGGGGCUCUGUAUUAAUUUUCAAAAGAGGAAAAAAAAUAUUUUUUAAAAGAACGAGUCCCAGAGCAUUGUGGUCUCCAUGCCUGCCUUGUCUCAAUAGUGCUAUUGCAAAAGCCCCUCUUUAGACGGAGGAGUUUUGCAAGCCAUUUGCCCUGUUCAGGAGAGAAACUCAGCCCUCUCCAGGGGCCUGUGUCUUCAUCUAUCCUUCUUGGCAAAGCAGGUCCUGCUGUGGCCCUGAUCCAAGUCUAUUCUCAGACUUGGGAGGCAGCACAGUGCAGCACUGAAGUGCCCAACAAAUCCAGUUCUGUAGGACCUCAGUUUCCUCAUCUGCAGAAUGGGAAUAAAGCAAGAGCCCAGGUGCAGAUCACAUGGCAUGGUGUACUCUUUCCUGACCCUUCCUGAGCAACAGCCUGGAAGCACAGCCUGGGAGUGUAGUGAGUACCCUGUCUUCAUCCAGGGAGCUUGGGCUUGCCCUUCUCUGCCUUGAACUCACCCAGCAGCUGUAGCCUGCCAGCCUCCCAGGGUGUGACACAGCUGUAGGAAAUGGGUUACCAGUCAGGUUUAGGACACUGAUCUGGGAGGCUCUGAGGACCAAAGUGCUAUAUCUGCCUGCUGCCGUGACAACCCUCAGCUGAGAAGUGGCCAUUUUUCUGUCCUGGAAUCUGAGUGACUGAGAGUUACAAAGGGUCAGUGUCCCCUCUUGAUUACUGAGAACUGAGCUGGUAGCUCUGGGUGGAAGACACCAGUAACACAGCAGAUAACAGUGUCCCUUGAGAGUAAACCAGGUGCCUUCUGGUCCCCAGUCCCUGGCACAGCAUUGGAUUAUCGCAUGGCCCUGGCCAUGCCUAAUACUGGUUGGGCCUUUGUGUGAUAACACACCCAGCUCUGCUCUCCAUUGAUCACCACACAUGGAGGCCAAGGUGCCCUCUCAUGACCAUGCUCUGAGCAGGCCACACACACACACACACACACACACACACACACACACACACACAUGCUCCAGUGCUCCCAAGUAAUAGCCCAGACACCUUAAUUAAGCCCUCAAGCUUCCUUGCGUCCUGGUCACUGCUGAGCUAACCAGCUUUCUGCCACCAUACUACAGUCUCGUUCCAGCACUGGCAGGUCCCUAACCAUAGCAUGAUUUCUACCCAUUGCCUCAUGCUCUCACAUCUUUCUGGAAUAUUCCAAUGAUAUUAUAUCCACCGCCUUAUUGCCCAGCUCGAAUGUUCCACUUUCUAUAAAGACAGCCCUAAACCAUCGUCCAAAACAUUACUUUCUCCUCUGCUUCCACACAUGCCCUGUGCAUCAUAGCAUCUCCUAUGCUCCCUUAGAUUCAUACCAGGAGCUUAACAGGAUAAGGCUUUUGUCUGCUUUCAUCACCAGGCUCCCAGCCUGCAGCAGGGUAGCCUAGCAAGCAGAGUUAUUCACUGGAGAGAGAGAGGCCUGGAAGAGGUGUUUGCAGGCCUAGUACUGACCUCCUUAUGAACUCUACCUACAGGAAGUGGCAGAGACUGAUGCCCUCCAAUUUCUCCUUCAAAACCUUCUUUAAUACAGAACGCUAUUCUGAGGCUGGAAGUUUCCUCAAAACCCAGGCAAGUGAAAAUGUCACUGCCAAAGGGACCAGAUACAUAUGUCCUGCUGCCAACACUUGAGCUCCCUGUAGGAACAGUCCACAGAAAGCCAAAUCAAAUCAGAGUGAUGCUUGGUAAGCAGGAGGCUUGGGAGGGACUGUUGAGGAGACUCUGGUGGCUAAUGGCACGGGGGACCUCCCUGCCUCCAUCUGCUGCUCUCUUGCAUGCCCAGCCUUUCUUUGGAUGGACAUUUCAGUAUUAGAAAUAUUACUGUAGGUGCAUACCUGACCUGAAAUCCCGGCACUUGGGAGGUGCAGGCAGGAGAACAGGUGUUCAAGGUCAGCCCGGCCCCAGCUAUAUAAAGAGUUUAAAGCCAACCUGAGCUACACAGGACUCGGUCAAAGAAUAAGAAGGACAAACAGAUAUUACUGUGCUCUGAGCAGACCCCUGUCGUCCUAGCUGUACAAAAGGCCAAGGCAGGAGGUUGACUUGAGCCGGAGAGUUUGAGAAUAGCCUGAACAACAGAGCCAGAGAGGGACAGAGGAGGGAGGGAAGGAGAAAAAGGAUAGCAACCAAUCACUUAGGGCUCUCUCUGGUCUAGCACACCCCCACUCCCCUUUUUUUUCCUUCUGGUUUUGUUGCUUAAAGACAGGGUCUCACUCUGUAGCCCAAGCUGGCCUGGAACUCAUGUCAAUCUAGCAUCUCUUCCAAGCCAUUCAUUUGACUGCUCAGAGGACAAACUUGGCCCUCUCUGCCUCCUCAGCUGCACACCCAUUCCCAGGACAGUUACAAAGCACAGCUGAUACCUUUGGGGUGCCUGUCUUCCUGGUUGUUCGCAAGCAAAAGUAGUGUUGGGGUCUGUGAAACCUGACGCCGGGUUCCUUGCACAAAGCAGUUGUGCACAGAGCCUGUAGAUUUCCUUUCCUGAGUCUUCAGACAGCUCUCUGACCUACGCAAGGUCAAGACUCACUAUGACUGAAGCCUUGAGCACACAAAGUGAGGAGGGAAGAAUGAGAAGAGCCUGACAAGCAUGAAGUUCUGGGUUCAAAUCCCACCACCACAGAGAGAGGAGGAACCAGAGAGGGACUCUAGGAGGAGGGCUUAGAGACUUAGAUUCCAGUUCUGGUCUGCCACAGCUUUGGUUGUCAGAUCCUUUGGCCUGUCUGGACCUGGCUCCUCAUCUGUGGAAGAGACAGGGAUGCUGACUCUGUAAAGGGGUCUUCUGAUGACGAACCAUGCAUACGUUAUAAUAAUAGUACAAUGACAUCGUAACAGUGCUUAGAAAUACAGUUUUCCUGGGCUGGUGAGAGGGCAUCAGCUGAUAAAGGCACUUGCAAUCAAGCCUGACUAUCGGGGUUCAGUACCCUGCACCGAUCGGCUAGAAGAGGAAAACCAGCACCUAAAAGAUGUCAUCUGGCCUCCCACGUGAGCACUCCCACACACACCUACAGAUACACAAAUAAAUAAAUGCAACUUUAAAAUUUUAAUAUAAUCAUUUCUACUAGAAUGUAAAUAUAAAAACUAAAAUCUUGAAGCAACUUGAAGCCCCCCAAUCAGGAAGCAAGGGUGGUAGCCACAACCUCUCUGGGGCAGAAUUUUAAAGCCUAAGGACAUGGUAUAUCUACUCUGUCACACAAAGCCUUAUGUGGCCCUGGCGAGACCAUGCAGUGAAAUAAACACAUGUGAUGACCAGGAGGGUACAGCUCAGGACGCUGAGCUCUGCUACCCUACAGCUGUGUGACAUACAGCAAGUUACAAUUAGGGAUCACCUACUGUCCCUGAGAGUAUGUGACUACUGCAAGCCCUUUCCUCUUAGUCCCUAGGAUAGCAGGCCGUAUGGGAAGAGAGAUUGGACAAGAGGUGCUGGCCAAAGCAAAAAGGGGAAACUGAGGCCUCCUGUAGCAAGCAUGCUGGGUGUUCCAUGAAUUUCUAUAUCCACCCCAGCCAGGCAAGAAGCAUGGACACCAGCUCCACGUUCUUGGCAUUUGCCCUGCUCUGUAGACAGCUGAGAAAGGCGCUCAGAGAAGGAAGAGUCUGAGGAAGGUUCCGGAACACGUGGCCAGCUGCUUCUCCCAUCAGCAGCUCUUAAACAAACAGCAUGCUUCCUCCGUUUGCAAGUCCUGGGGACCGCACAUGAGGAAUUUUUUUUCUCUCCUCCUUUUUUUGCUGAUUAAGUUCCCCCAAAACCCCCUUAAGAAUUUUAAUAAGAAAUGCAAAAAUCAACAAAAGUGCAGCAAAGUCUUUCCUGUUAUUAAAUAAGGGAAAGCAAAUAUUGCAGAUCGGACAUAUUUCAUAAGAGGAUGUUAUGUUUGGGUGGGAAAAAAUGACAGAGAAAAGAAAGGGCUAAUUUGCUUUCUGGCAGCAAAUGUCUUUGCUGAAAUUUGGUUUCAAAUCUGAUGACUGGGGCAUUAUCACCGGCUUGCCUGGAAUUUAGGCCUUUGACAUAUGAGAUGUAUGUGCUCCAAUAAGCAGGAAAACUGGGGUUUGGACCUCUAUACUGUAGCAGAGAAGAGAAUUCUGUAGCCACCCAGGAAAUUAUGAUCCUUCAGGGACUACAUGUAAGGCAAAAGCAACCUGGAACAAAGAACACUUGGGUUUUGAGAGAGAGAAAACAAGGUAAACGCUCUCUGUAAUACCUUUUUAGACAGAGGAGUGAACUAAACUGCUGGCGUUCUAGUCUCAGCACAGGGAGAGGGCCUGCUGCUGCUGGACAAGGCUUUGACCACUGCCUCAGCUUCUUCUCUGUGUCACCUAAGGUAAAGUGCAUAGCUGUUGUGACUCUCACUUUCCUCAUCUUUAAGAUGGAGAGGAAUCCAUGGAAAGACAGCUUAAUGGGUAAGAGCUCUUAGUCGGUCAGAGCACUGACUGUUCUUGCAGAAGACCCUGGUUCAGUUCCCAGCACCCAUAUAGCAAGCAGCUCACAACUGCCUGUAACUCCAGUGCCAGGGGAUCCAACAUUCUCUUCUGGCUUCACAGACACGGCACUCCUGUGAUGUACAUAAACACACACAGGCAAGCGCACACACAUAUAAAACAAAUAAAACCUAAAAAGAAUAAAAAUGAAUGAAUGAAUGGAGAGAGUGAACAGCGCUUACUAAGAGUGGUGAGGUGAGCACAUGUUGCUGCUCUUGUUGCUAUGGAGAAACUCCUGACAGAAGCAACUUAAGGGAGAAAGGAUUUAUCUGGCUCACAGUUUCAGUGAACACCACCCAUCAGGCUUUGUGAUCGGUUCCGUGCUGGGUGCUUGCAGCUUCUCCCACCAUGGUAGACCAGGAGGCAAAGGCUCAGGCAGGAGCCCCAUGACCCACUUUCGCUAGCUAUGCCACUCCGUAAGAUUCCAUGACCUCCCAAAACAGCCACUAGGCAGAGACCAAGUAAACAAAUACAUGAUCUAGCAGGGAACAUUACACGUGCAAAGUCUAAGAGUGAGGAAUAAAAGAGCAGAAAAAUGGGCUUCUGGAAGCAACACACUCAGCUCACCAUGACAAGUGGAAAGGGAAAAAAAUUUAAGAGAAAAAGGUCACACAGCCGUGCACCAAAGAAUGGAAUGUGCUCUGAGGAAUGAGUAAGAGGUGACAACUGUGCUACACACGCCUCAGCCAUCUGUCCUGCACACUUAGGCUAAGUGGUAGAGCCUGUCACAUGUUAAGGUUGUAAACUCUAGCCUGCCACACACCAAGGUUCUAUGGUAUAUCUUGCCACAUGGUGGGACUGCAUGGUCUAGCCUGCUACACACCAACGUACAACCCUGUUGCCUCCAUCUGCCACCAUUGUGCAGCAUAUAGGUCAUUUGAUUGCUUCUUUCUCUGUCAUGAUCAAUAGAACACUGACACUAUGAUUUUGCAUGCUGGUCAGCAAAAGUGAAAACUGGGUUUACUUUCUGGCUGGAGCACCUGACACAGAAAGUGGGUGCCACCCUUCGAGGACACCUGUUAUGAAAUAGUCUGUGGGACCAGGGCUUCAGAGAAAAUGACCAAAGCAAAGGACAGUGGGGAAGUGGCCUCAGGGUGUGGGCGCUGCCAGUCAGCAGCGUCCAAGAGAAAAUUACAUGGUCCUGGCCUCCAUCCUCUGUGUUCCCCCCAGAGGUCCAAUGGUCUCACUAGCCACAUCCAUCUCCCCCAAAGGAGUGACAGAAGCAGGGGGUGGAUACCUGGGCCCUGGAAAUGCCGUGAAUGGGACCUCACCAGCUACAAAUCUCAGGCCCGUGUUUGUAGUCCCAGGACUGGGGCCCCGGCUAUCUUCAGGCCGCCACCUUCAGACCCCAGACAAGAAAGCCAGGCUUAGGUGUCAUCUCAUUUGAGUUUACUUCCCUGAAGCAUUGUUAGUAUUUACAUAAAUAGUAGAAGAAAUAAUGUGGCAAUCGCUUGUACACCUACCACCCAGAUUUAUCUCCAUGGUGUUUUUGUUUGUUUAUUUUAUUUCAAGGACAAAGUAUUAGAAACAAAGUUAAAGUUCCCUUAUCCACUGCCAAGUACCGCAGAAGACUGGGCAUUUGGUAUAUGAACAUAUCUUUUUGUACAUCCAGUGUGUAAUGUUGUGUGUUUUAGUUUUCAAAAGUAGGAUGUAUAUUAUCUUGCAUCUUGCUUUUAUCAUGUGUUUGAAAUUUGUCUGUUGAUACACUUCUGUGGGUACAUAUUAAUAAUAAUUUGUUCUUUUUUACUGCUGCUAUACAGUGUGUGUGCCCUUCCUUCUAAGGAGGAACAGUUAGGUUUUCUCUAUUAAAAAACAACAACAACAACCACAAGUCAACUACAACCCACUCAUCUUGAUUUACAAGAGGAAGAUGUUGGAAAGAUACAUCAGGGUGUGAGAAUUCUUUCUAUUCUUCCCGAGAGCCUAAGUUGCAUUCACAGCACCCAUACCCAGUGGCUCAACUGCCUGUCACUCCAGCUCCAGUAGUUCCAACGACCUGUUCUGGCUUCCCCAAGCAGCUUGACUGAAGGCUAGGCUGGAUACCAUGCAAGGAAACCUGACCAGCAAACCAGAACCCUGAGGGCUCCAGGCUCACCACUUACUACGUGGCUCCACAUCCUAACAGGCAAGUGAAGGCGAACCUCUGCUUCCCAGCUUGUAAAUUGGGUAAAUUGAAAGAGCUUCCAGCUGCACAGGCCAACACAGUCUUUCUUUCCUGCGGCUCAACAGAUUCUCCCUCAAAGCUGUGAAGGUGCGCGGGCUCGCCGGCGGAAGGCCUGUUACCCUUGAAGAAUGGCAGAGGCAGUCUUCCGUGCCCCGAAGAGGAAAAGAAGAGUAUAUGAGCGUUAUGAGUCACCACUGCCCAUCCCCUUUGGUCAGGACCAAGGUCCCAGGAAGGAAUUCCGAAUAUUCCGAGCUGAAAUGAUUAGCAACAACGUGGUAGUCAGGGACGCAGAGGACAUGGAGCAGCUGUAUGGGAAGCUUACUGCUGAGGCCUUUGUUCACAGUGUGCAAGAUGGGAUGAGACUUGUCAUAUGCUGGGGUUACUUUGGAAAAGGCAUUCUUUCAAGAAGCCGUCCAAACUUCACAAUCUCCAAUCCCAAGCUGGCUGCCAGAUGGAAAGGUGUGCAGACAGAUAUGCCUAUAAUCACCUCAGAGAAGUAUCAGCAUCGAGUGGAAUGGGCCAUGGAUUUCAUGCGUAGGCAAGGCCAGGAGGAGAGCACUGUGCAAAAGAUCUUGACAGACUACACAGAGCCACUUGAGCUCCCUUGCAGAAAAGGGAAAGAAGAGGUCCCUCAGCAUGACCCGCUCAACUCUGAGGCCAACUCCACCCUAGAAGGCAGAGUGGGAAAGGACGAACUCUCUGUUACCACUGGAGGUGCUGGACAGUCAGAUGACUUGCAGGGUCUCAACACACACUCAGACUGCCUGCAAGAGGGGCCUGGCCAAGCCACACUCACCGUGGCUAGUCCAUCUAGCUUUAAUGGACAUGUGAUAGAAGACACCACAGUUCUGCCCCAGGUCCCCUGCCGUAUUGCUCAGGAUGGCCUUUGGCCUGAAGACAGCAGCCAGGCAGCAGGAGAGAAAAGGGCUGCUCAUGAGUAUGUACUCGUAGAGGAAGAGCUGUGUGAUGUCCAGGAGGAAGACGAGGCCCCAGAUGAGAAGUUGCUGCAAAGAAAGAGACUGGUGUGCAGAAGAAAUCCAUACAGGAUCUUUGAGUAUCUACAGCUCAGCCUAGAAGAGGCUUUCUUCCUGACAUACGCCCUGGGAUGUUUAAGUAUUUACUAUGAGAAGGAGCCUUUAACAAUAGCAAAGCUCUGGCAAGCCUUCACUGCAGUCCAGCCCACCUUCAGGACUACCUACAUGGCUUACCAUUACUUCCGAAGCAAAGGCUGGGUGCCCAAAGUGGGGCUCAAGUAUGGAACCGAUCUGUUGCUGUAUCGGAAAGGCCCUCCAUUUUACCACGCAAGCUAUUCUGUCAUCGUUGAGCUAGUAGACGACAACUUUGAGGGCUCCCUCCGAAGACCUUUCAGCUGGAAGUCACUGGCCGCCUUGAGCAGAGUCUCAGGCAACGUCUCUAAGGAGCUGAUGCUGUGCUACUUGAUUAAGCCCUCUACCAUGACUAGCGAAGACAUGGAAACCCCAGAGUGCAUGAAGAGGAUACAGGUUCAGGAGGUGAUUCUCAGCCGUUGGGUUUCUUCACGAGAGAGAAGUGACCAAGAUGAGCUUUGACCUUUCAGCCUCAGACUCCUCAGUUCACAGGAGCAUGAGUGUGUUUGGGGGUCACAGCCCCAUGUUCUGUUGCUUGAAAUGGAAAAUCUACUCCUGUGGCUCAGUUCACCCAAUGACUUCAAACAAUAACCCAAAGGAUUGAAAAUAAGUGAUGGCCUGGAAUCCUUGAAAUACUGAGUGACUGGUGUCUUCUUAAUGAACUCAUUAUUUGACAUGCUUGCAUGUUGAACACAAAAUUAUACCAUAUUAGCUAUUCAAAAUGGGUCUUGCACAAGGUGAUGAUGGCACACAUCUUUGAUCCCAGCACUCAAGAGACAGAGGCAGGGAGAUCUCUGUGAGGUCCAGUCCAGCCUGGUCUACAAAAUUGGCAGUCUCAAGCAUAGACUUGAAACACAGCAGUGACCACACGGCAAUGAGGAUGCCACUUACGUGACAAAUGAGUGGGAGUGACUCGUAGUCUUUCCAGACACCUACCUGUGAGGCAGCCAGGCCGGAGAAGCAGAGAAGUCUUCCAAGUACUUGUCCCACUGGUCCAUCAGCCCAAACAUGCUGGGCUGCACCAGAGGGACGCUGAGACUCUGCUCCCAUCCUGCCUCGUCCCGCUGUAUGCCGUGUUCGUUGUAGUUAUACACGACCCCUGAAAACCCAAAGCAGAGGCAGGUGCCCUGUGGCAGGUGCUCAGAAAAUGGCUGCAGCCAUAAAUCCUGUAAUCUUUGUCACACUUGUCUGCAACUGUCAGAGCGCCUUUCCAUCUAGGACAGUGGUUCUCAACCUUCCUAAUGCUGUGACGACCCCCUCCCCCCCCCAGCCAUAGAAUUACUUUGUUGCUACUUUAUAACUGUAAUUUUGCUACUGUUAUGAAUCACAAUGUAAAUAUCUGGUAUUGAGGAAAGCUAUUAUGUGACCCCAAAUGGGUUGAGAACCCUGAUCUUGUGAGCUACAUGUAGUGGGGCCAAACCCAGGGUUUUGUGUGUGUUAGGUAAGUGUCCCAUUAAUAUGUCUCCCAGAAGUAACUUAGUGGCUUCUGAGCUGAAUCCUACCCACAGAACAUGGUAGGCAAUGUCCCACUUUUGACUCAUGUACUUCAGGGAGAACCGAGAGCCAGGCUCAGGCUAGGCAAGUGCUCUGACACAGAUACCCCCAGUGCACCUUUCCAAAGCCAGAGACUACAGACCCCACCACAUCCCAUUUCAUUCUUCAAGCCUGGAGUAUGGGGACCCUGCAUAGUGGGGAGACCAUGAGAGUGGGGAAUCGGAAGCCAGAGGCCUGCAAUCUGAUUCAAACAUGAACACAUCUUGGUCGACUCAGCUCCAGACCAUCUGUUUCUUUCUCUUUAAAUCUGUCACAGAAGUGUGCAGGUUUGUGUUGCUUUUUUCUGAGAAAACAGACUUCUCCAGGGGUCGGGGUGUGGCUCAGUGGUGGUGUGGGUUAAUCAUGCAGGAGGUCCUGCCUGGGUUCCACCCCAACAUCACUAAAAAGUGUUUUUAGUCUUCCAAAUAUAUAAACUGUAAGUAGUGCUGACUUUCCCAAGUCACAUGACCUGCUUUGGGUUGCAGUAGGAGAAGCAAGGAAGGCAGAAUGGGUUUGCUGCUCAUCCUGUCAGGAAACCCUCUUUUCCCCUUAAUGGUAAUUGUGGGGUUUUCUUACGCUGGAAAAAAUGAUCAAAUGCUCACCUCGUGUGUUAGUGAGUCCAACAUGCAGAUCAGACUUUCCAUCAUAUUCCCUGAAACAGAGCGGUGUUGUUGGCAUUAGACAUGUGUUUAGUAAGAAGUCUUGCCGAAUAGCCCAGACUGUCCUGGAACUCAAGAUCUUCCUGCCUCAGACCUCAGAGGAGCUGCAACUGCAAGUGUGCCAUCUUGCCUAUUAUCAAGCACUCAUGCCAAGCAUGACUGUGAAGCAUGGACAUUUAAAAGAGGAGGGCGUUCAUCCCACCCUCCCACCCCCACAUAGCCUGUACCAGGCCCCGCCCUCAGUUGCAGGCCGGCUAAAGGGUACAGCAGAAGCAGGACUCAGGACCCCCACAUCCCCACAGUCAAUGGUGGAAGAGCUUCCUACUCCACUCUGGGAGUUCACUCAGUAUUUCGCCAGCUGAUGUGGGUAAGAAGGUCCUGGAGGCAGCUGGGAGACGCUCAGCCUUCUUCACCACGGCUCAGCAGCCUUUGGCUGCUGAACUCCCUGGAUUGCUAUUUCUCACCAUUACUCUUGGCUUGAGAUUUUUCUGGUUUGUGUUGGUUCUAAGAUCAAACCCAGGGCCUUACUUGUGCUUAACACAUACUCUCUGUUCCACACACACUUAAAUUUGUACUUUUUGUUUGUUUUUGUUUAGGACAAAAGCUCACCAUGUAGCCCAAGCUGGCCUUGAGCCUGUAACCCAAUAUCAAAUGUUUCAUUAUUGUACAUUAACAAAAUAAUAGACUUCAUUAUGACACUUUCUGGCAUGUAUGUAAUGCACUUUGAUUAAGUUCCAAUGCCCAGCUCAGUAGGUUCCUAAGAGGGAAUCUAAGUGUUAGAUCUCAAAUCUGGAUAUCGGGUUUCUCAGUAAAGCAAACAACUCCAACUUUA